GGAACAGGAAGUGAAAAGUGUCGAAACCAAUUCGGACAACGCAAUUUUCGCCGAGCGGCUGUAAAGUGAUUCAUUGAGUGUGAUUUUCAGCUACCCUCCCGAGGCUUAACAGCCUCACACCCCCCGCAGACAACGAUGAUGGACAACGACAGUAGCGGAAUCGAGGAAAAAUACAUACAGAACGGCGUGCUGUUGAAGAAAGUGACCGCCAGCUACAUUUCGUUGCUCAACGCCGAAGGAAUCCUAACGUUCGGCAAGUGCACCAAAACGGACCUGCACGUGUUCGAAUGGAGGCCCGAAACGUGCGAUGUGACCGACUCCGAGAGCCUCGAAAGCGGCUGGUCACUGGUGGAUCCCAUCUCGCGGCAGUCGUCGCCCCUGCAACCGCCACAGCCUUCUUCGUUGCCGGGCACCACCAUCAGCACGCCGGCGAACGAUCGUGCCGGCAGUGAGGAACCUGCAAGCGGCACCACGAAAGCCAAACUGUCCAUCCGGGUGUUUCUGCGCGAUCUAAAGGGCCUCGAAGCGUACAAGGACGAACUGAGGUUCUACAGCACGGACCAGCAACUGCACAGCGUCUAUCUGUUUCGCCAAACAUCGACCACGGUUCUGGUGCAGCUGCUGGAACGGUGUCGCUGCGUGCGGAAAAGCACUCACCGGAAGAACUUUUACCGCUGCAUCGACGAUCCGGACCAGGACAGGCUGCAAAAGUCCUUUUCCGAGCUCAACAUCGCGGACAUACGUGCCCGUUCGAUACCGCGGCCGUACAUGAACAUGCUCUCGAAGCUGGUUCACGUUCAGCUGCCACUGCACAGACCGGGCGCCCAGGUUGCGCCAGGCGACGAAAUUCGGUUAAGGAACCUGCUUGCAAACGGCGAACCGGACCCGGAUGAAGCGGACGCCCAUCGGCCGGAUACGCUGACGGAGCCAAUCCAGGAGCGCACCAGUGCCGCGCCAGAAAGUCGUAAACUUGCCCCGAGGCCACCGGUUCACCGGGGUCUGCCGCUGGAUGCUGGCACGUGGGAAGAAGUCAAGUGCCCGAACGGGUCCAUUUUCGAUCCGGAGCGUGUGAAGGAAAUCAUAUUCCGAGGGGGAAUUAAACCGGAUAUCCGGGCCGAGGUUUGGAAAUACCUGUUGGGUCUGGACUGCUGGGAACACACGGCCCAGCAGCGGGACGAGCGGCGGGCGAACAAAACGCAGGAAUACUUCCAGAUGAAGCUACAGUGGCUCACGAUCACCCCGACGCAGGAGCACAACUUUUGCGGGUAUCGCGAGCGCAAGUGCCAGAUCGAGAAGGACGUCAAGCGUACCGAUCGCACGUACGAGUUUUUCGCCGGCGACGACAACCCGAAUCUGACCAAACUGCAGGACAUCCUGAUGACGUACGUGAUGUACAACUUCGAUCUGGGCUACGUGCAGGGCAUGAGCGACCUGCUGGCCCCGAUCCUCAGCCUGGUGCAGAACGAAGCCGAGAGCUUCUGGUGCUUCGUGGGCUUUAUGCACAAAGUGUUUGCCAAUUUCGACAUCGAUCAGAAGGGCAUGAAGCAGCAGUUGGAGUACCUUCGAGUGCUGCUGGCGUUCGUUAACGAGCGCCUGUUCAAUUACAUGCGCGAGAAUCAGUCGGAGAACAUGUACUUCUGCUUCCGCUGGCUGCUGGUGUGGUUCAAGCGCGAGUUCUCGAACGCCGACAUCAUGCAAUUGUGGGAGGUGCUGUGGACGGGGUUGCCGUGUCCGAACUUUCACAUCUUCGUGUGCGUCGCCAUACUGGACCAGGAGAUGGACGUGUUCAUCGAUGGGCAGUUUAGCUUCACCGAAAUCCUGAAGCACGUCAACGAGCUGUCGGGCAACCUGAACCUAGCGGCCGUCCUCGAGCAAGCCGAAAGCAUUUACCUGCAGGUCAAGCAUUCGCUCGAGUCGUCUAAGGAACCGCACAAUGAGCUGCGCAAAAUUAUCGGCGAAGAAAUCACCCCGGACAAUGCAAACGGUGCGAAUAGUACCGACGACGAUGACGACGACGACGACGAUAGCUGCAUGUCGAUCGUGAACGAGCGGUCGGCGGAGGAGAAAGAAAUUCUCCAACGCAAGCUCGACGAGGCGUGCGAUCUGUCGUUGAGUUACAUGUUUUUCUAAAGGUGCCGACGGUGGCCGGCGGAAACGAUUUAAAGAGACGACCAGCAUCACACAAGCAGCGCGAAUGCGAUUGUACAUUGAAUGAUUUAUUAAACUUUGUUGGA